AUCUUCGGCUUUAUGCAGUUUGUGCGCCUUUGAGUGAAAGUAAAUUUUAAAUAAAAUCCAGCGGACAACAGCAUGGUGGAGCCAAAAAUAAAAGCACCGCACCUACGGGCCCCCACAGCAGAGACCGUUCUCCCACUCAGCAGGGUACGGACAAUCAUGAAGAGCUCGAUGGACACCGGCUUAAUUACGAACGAAGUGCUGUUCCUGAUGACCAAGUGUAGUGAACUCUUUGUGCAGCAUUUGGCGCGAGAAGCGUACGCGGCCUCUUGUUCCAAGGAGACCAGUGACACCCUCAAGUAUGAGCAUCUCUCGCAACUGGUGAACAAGAGUUCGAAUCUCGAGUUCCUUCUGCAAAUUGUACCAGAGAAGAUACGUGUGCACACAUUCCAGGAGAUGCUACGCCUAAAUCGUUCCGGUACCACCAGCGAUGAUGACGAUGAUGACUCUGAAUCCGAAUCUGAGUCCGAGUCGGAUGAAUGAUGGGACCCCGGCCCGCCCUCCAUUCUCACAUCAUCGACACCACACCUCUUCAGCCAUUGCCUAUUACUGAUCUGAUGUGUUUCAUUAUUGCGUGAUUCAUUUAGUUGAUUUUAUACAUAAUUUAAGUUCAAUUUUUUGUAAUUCUCCAAAUGUAAGUACUCUAUAUGAGUAAUUACUAACUUUAAGACGAAAUAAAUACCAGUUAAGAAACCAAA